UUGACGAUUGAAACCGCGAGGAUCAUGGCUUGCCAUGAGAGCUGCGAAACUCACACCACCCCACGCUGGCCCAUUACUUCUGAGGCACACCGACGGUUAGCUACAUACGGCGGGGAAGCUGAGCGAGUAGCUUAGUUUACCUUAUAUCGCAGAUCACACUGUGACCCUUCUGCCUCCUCAUACCCCACAAGCACCAUGCUAACGUUUGAGGCUUUACAAGCCCACGGGCGAGACCGCCAUGUUAUGUAUGGAUGAGACAUUGCUUAACGAAAGGUUGAAAGCUUAUAAAAAGCUUCAAGGUUGAGCUCUUCAGUAUGGACAUGAUUGUUCGCUUCGUAUGCACCUUUUCCCUUAAGCCAAACUGAACAUUCCUCCUCCCCGUCGUAUUGUGCCUUGACUGAUACAUCUCCAAACCUCAUCGACGCCCACCAUGAGGCUCACCUCAGUGUGGACCAGCGUCGUGCAGGUCUUUAGUUUCCUCACCUUUUCUUCCCCCGAGGACGGCAACGAUCUCUCAUCACAGCGUCCCCAAUUCCCCAUCCCCUUGGAAAACGUUCACCAUCACCCACCUUCCCCCCACCACCCUAUUCCCCCGAUCUCUAACCAUGCCGCCGAGGAUGUAGUACCCCUCUAUACCGGCGGCAAGGAACAUUCCUACAUGGUGAAUGACCACCCCGUUGUCGGAACACCCAAAAGUCCCCAAGAAGGAGGUCCCGGCGGAGGGCUCAACUGUCAUUAUCCCGAAAUGCAGGACUGGGAGCCUUGCUAUAGCCCCGAGAACAGGACAUGCUGGUUGAAGCAUAAGCAUAAUGAUAAGCGGAUUGAUGUUAUGACUGAUUAUGAGAAUGAGUGGGAAAUCCCAAAGGGGAAGGUUAGAAAGUUCUACCUGGAAGUCUCAGAGCAACCCAUUGCCCCAGAUGGUACAACGAUGGAACAUGGCAAGGUGUUCAACCGCACUUAUCCGGGACCUUGGCUUGAGGCUUGCUGGGGUGACUGGAUUGAGGUAACUGUAAAGAACAAUCUCCGCUGGAACGGCACAUCCGUUCAUUGGCACGGCUUCCGCCAAUUUGAGUCCUUCCACAUGGACGGCGUCAACGGAAUAACCGAAUGCCCCAUCGCCCCUGGCGACACCUUCACCUACCGGUUCCGUGCCAUGCAAUAUGGUUCCGCCUGGUACCACAGCCACUACUCCUUACAAUACGGCGACGGGCUCUUGGGUCCCAUUACCAUCUACGGCCCCUCAACAGCAAACUUUGAGGCGGACGAGGCGUUUCGUCCCUUGCUGCUCACAGACUGGAACCACCGGAGUGUGUUCGAAGACUGGCCGCUCAUGCUUAAAUCGGGCGUGGCGCCGUCGAUGACGAAUAUCCUGAUCAACGGGGUGGGACAGUUUGGUUCUGGUGGGAAGCAAAAGGAGAAGUACACGCUUUAUUUGGACGAGGGGAAGAAGCAUUUGCUGAUUUUGAUCAACACGGCCGUUGAUACGACGUUUGUGUUCUCGAUUGACAACCAUACCAUGGAGGUUAUUGAGAUGGAUUUUGUGCCGAUUGUGCCGUAUAAUACGACAAAUCUGAAGAUUGGGAUUGGUCAAAGAUACCACGUCCUCGUCCACGGCCUAGAAAACCCGUAUGAAGCCGAGAGAUACGGCAACUACUGGAUGCGGGUAAUUCCGGCAAGAAAGUGCAGCAAGUUCCCCUACGGUCCUGACGAGCAGAUGGGUAUCUUCAGGUACAACACGACUUACCAGACCAUGGCGUCGGCACCUGAUCCCAUGUCGGAACCGCCUCUGUAUGAGACCAACUGUGCAGAUGAGCCGCUGGAUAAGCUGGUGCCGAAGAUACCAUGGACCGUUGGCAAUCCGGUGAAUAUUGACCCCAACGUCGACCCCAAAAAACUCCCAGCCAACGAGAGCUACAUUUUCAACGUCGGCCUGACCAUGUCCGGCGGUCCCAACACCAGCACACCUUAUAUCCCCGAUGACCAACCUUAUGCCCGCUGGGACAUGCACAUUGCCCCCUUCCGCAUCAACUUCUCCGACCCCACGCUCCUCUCCCUCUCGUCCCUCGAUUCCCUUAUUACCAAACCACACCUAGACAUCGUCACCCUCCCCAUCUCCAACCCCGACGACGACAAAUGGAUCUGGAUGGUGAUCACCGCUCCCGAUAAAGUUCCCACCGAGGGAGCCCGGAUCUUCUUCCCUGCUGCACACCCGAUUCACCUACACGGCCACGACUUUGCGGUGCUAAGACAGAGUAGCAAGAACUGGUAUGAUGAUCCGGACAUUGGUCACAUUGGGGAGGGCAAGAGGUGGUUUACCCCCGACAAGUUGAAUUGCGACAAUGAGAGGCUGGAUUGCGAGAAUCCGACUAGGAGGGAUGUGGUGCUGUUGCCGGCGAGUGGCUAUGUGGUGAUUGCUUUCAAGGCGGAUAAUCCUGGAGCCUGGAUCCUCCACUGCCACAUCGCCUUCCAUGCCUCGUCGGGUUUGGCUAUGCAAAUCAUCGAGAACAAGGACUUGAUUCCGGCCAUCAUGGAGAAAGAUAAGCCGGUUAUUGAGGAGAAGUGUAGGAAGUGGAGGGAGUGGUAUGGGGAGCCGAAGAACCUGUGGGACUGGCACGAGCCGAAGCAUUUCCAAGAUGAUUCGGGUGUGUGAUUCUGAGCUCUUGUGAUCGUUGGGGAAAUUCCCGGGAGGAAAGUGUUGUUGUGUAUUUCAACAAUACCUAGUUGGGUCGCUGUUGUUUGUCGGGAGCGCCUGUCUACCACUCUACUUCUACCCACCCGGGCUACCUCCUCUCGAGACCUCUGAAUGGCAGGAGAUUGAGAGAGACCCGAGUUCGGGAUAGCGAAGGACGGACUCUAGAUCUAGAUGGUGAUAACUCGUCGAUGAAAAGUUGUUACGUCCCAUGCUGAUUCACCCCUUUUGUGCGCCGAUUAAACAUCCAAACACAAGCAAAGCUCAUGAUCUC